AAACACAAAUCCAUUUUGAGAAGUAAAUCACCAAAUCAACAACAAAUUUGGCAUUUUAAAUAUGAUCAAAAAUCACACAGUUCAAAAAAGCAUAAUGGAGCCGGACUACAAUGUAAUACUGCUGCCUAUAAUUUCGGCGGUGCUCUUGUCCUACAAUCGGCCCGUGAGCUUGGACGAAAUUGUCGAUGGAGUCGUACAGUUGCUCGGUUCACAGCGCGAUAAGCACAGCUUAGUAAUCUCCUCAAGUCUUGAGGGAACAUCGGACUGCAGCUAUGCUCGCAUCGUGCCCGCGAACAGAAGAAAAAAAUGAGUGCGCCAUGACUGUGUCAAUUUAAUUAUUCGAUUUCGGGUCGUUUACGGUGACUAAAUUUUGAUUUGAAAUUUUCAAAUAUAUUAAGAAGCAACGCA